AUGCUCUGCAGGCGCAUCGCGACAGUCUCCAAGACGCAAUGUAGAUUCCUCGCAAGCGACCACGGCCCACGCCCCGUUCCCGUUCCCACCCUCCGCGAUGCCUCCUUGGACACAUUUCGCAUAGAGGCCUUCGAUGCCGCAACGCCCGCCCGCCUCCCUCUCAAGCACUUCCGCGACCUACCAGCAGCACAGAAGUGGUUCACGAGGGGAGAGUAUAGCAAGAGCAGGACGUUUAUCCUCAACACCGCGUAUCUCUCUAGAUUCGGCGCCACCAUCGUUCCCUUGGAGAUAAGCAAUGCCGACCGAUUCGCUCGAAUCGAGCAAUCCCUCAGCUUCUUCCUAGAGUGCGUCCAGGCUUCCACCUCCCGCUACAACACAAAAGCUUCGCGCAAUCGAUAUUUCAGCUCCUACGUGCCCGGGGCACGCGCGAUGCGAAAGACUGCCACAUCUAACGAUUUCUUCACCAGUGCUUCUUCUACCUCCUCCCCGUCCUUGUCCACGCCCACGGCUCAAGUCUACCUCGCCCAGGCACCCAUUGCCGAUCUCCCCCGUGCUCUCGCGCAGGACGUUCCCACGCCCGAAUUGGUGCUCAAGGCGGGCAAGGGAGAUAUCUACGGUUCUUCGAUCUGGUUGGGACAGGCACCCACCUACACGCCCUUGCACCGGGAUCCGAAUCCCAAUCUCUUCGUGCAGCUUGCUGGAAGGAAGAUUGUGAGACUGUGCAGACCGGAGGUCGGACAGGGCAUUUUUGCAAAAGUGCAAGAGAGGAUUGGUGGGACUGCUUCCGCCACGAUGCGGGGUGAGGAAAUGAUGCAGGGCAGUGAAAAGAAGGCUUUGGAAGACGAAGUGUGGAGCGAGAGCGAUGAUGGUACGAAUCAGGUCGUUUGGGAGACUGAGCUUCGCAGCGGAGACGCUUUGUUCAUUCCCAAGGGCUGGUGGCAUAGCGUCAAGGGCAUCGGUCACGGCAUGACCGGCUCAGUGAACUGGUGGUUCAGAUGA